AUGAGGGUAUGGAAAAGAGCUACGGGAGUUUUAAAAGAUAGAUGCAGCAUUUUGGCUGCAAAACUUUCACCCUAUGGAGCAUGUAGAAACCCUGAUCUUGAAACUGUUGUUAUAAAAGCAACAAGCCAUGAUGAGCAUGGUAUGGAUUAUAAGAAUGUUCAAAAAGUUUUUCAAUGGCUAAGAACAUCACCUAUAUACCUUAAACCACUUUUAUGUGUACUUUCAAUUAGAAUGACAAGGACAAGUAAUUGGGUUGUAGCACUCAAGGGUUUAAUGUUAAUUCAUGGUAUUUUUUGUUUUGACAUACCAAUGGUUCAAAAAAUGGGAAGGUUACCGUUUGAUUUAUCGCAAUUUAGCGACGGACAUUUAAGUCCUGAAAAAGGUUGGGUUUUCAACACUUUUAUUCGGUCUUAUUUUGCGUAUUUAGAUCACCGCUCGGUGAACUCGAGAAAUGAUGCAAAGAAAUUACAAAACAAAAAAGGGAAGGAAUGCGAAGAAGCAACAUUGCUCGAAGAGUUGAAUAAUUUAGCGGAGUUACAAAAAACGAUAGACAUGUUGAUGCAAAUAAAACCUAGGAGUGAUGUGAACAUGAAUGUUGUUCUAAUUCUUGAAGCAAUGGAUUGUGUGAUAGAUGAGAUUGUUGAUGUUUAUGGUAAAUUUAGCAAAGAGAUUAAUCGCGUGUUGUUAAGGGUUUGUGACAUUGGUGGAAAAGAAGAAGCAAGUAUUGGUUUUGAUAUAGCAAGAAAAACUAAAUCACAAGGUGAAAAACUAACUAUGCAUUUUGAGUUUUGUAAAGAGAUAGGUGUUCUUAACAAUUGUGUGUGUCCAAAAAUUGUGGAAAUUGAUGAAGAGGAAGUUGAAGAGUUAAAGAAAAUAAUGAAUGGUGGUGAAGAGAAAGCUAUUGUGGUUAGAGAUAAUUCUAAGCAAGUGGAGAUUAAUGGCUUAAUGACAGUGGUUACAGAUCAUUGGGAGGUUUUUCUUGAUGAUGUUAUUGUUGAUGUUGAAAAACAACAUAAUUCUAAUGGUACAUUAACCAUUGUUGAUCCUAAUAAUCCUUUUGUGGAUGAAACUUUUAGCAUUGUUCCUUAUAAUCCUGUUCAACAUUAUGAUUUACCAGAUCUAAUUAGUUUGUAG